UAAAAAUGAAACAUUAUUCCAUUCAAAUAAUUUUCUUUUCUUUUAGGUGAUGUGACCCCUGCUCUCAUGAAUCCUCUCUCGCAGCCACGCUCUGUUCCUUUGGCAGAAGGAAUAUACUGGACCAUAUCAGACAUGAAUGCAGAUCAUAUGAUGGUCACUCAGGAAACUUUAUUGGAGCAGUUAGUGAAAAAUUAUCCAGGCAUUGCAGUGCCCUCCCACAACAUAUUACAUAAUAUCCUUGGCACUCUAAUUAAGGAAAGAAAAGUCUAUCAUACAGGAGAAGGAUAUUUCAUUGUGACUCCCAACACUUACUUUAUCACAAAUGAUGCCACAGAAGACAACAGGAGGAUCCUGUUGGAGGACAGUUGUUGCUGUUCAUCACCUUCCAUCACUUACCUGAUAAACAUUAAGCCCUGUGCAGACCAAGUGAAAGAAAACAUUCCUACAGUACCCCGUUACAGAUCCUGCCAUUGCUUCCCUGACCAAAACAGGCUCUGUGAACAAAGGCAUUGGCAGGUGAUGAGCCGUGAAUCUAAUGGAGAGGGAAAGAGAGGCUGCAGUGAGUUGAAGCCUUCAAUUCGAACUCAGGGCAUCUCUGCAUCUGCUGAGAACCAUUCCUGGGACACCAUCAAAUCCCUGACAUCUGUGAAAGCAAAACUGAAAAGCAAAAUGCUUGGCCUUGGCCUUUUCUGGAGAAGUGGUUCUAAAAAAGAAAAACACAAGAAGGAGUACUCCACUUUUUCAGGCCAGUUUCCUCCCCAGGAGUGGCCAGUCAGGGAUGAAGAUGACUUAGACAAUAUUCCACGUGAUAUUGAACAUGAAAUCAUCAAGCGUAUUAACCCUACUCUUACAGUUGAUAAUUUGAUUAAACACACAAUAUUAAUGCAGAAGUUUGAGGAGCAGAAAAAAUGCAUCAGUAAAGAGAAAAAAUACAUCAGUACUGGUACCUCGGCUGAAGUGCCAACAGUCAGCCAAAACCGUCUUUCAAAGGACUGUAUUCAAAAGGCACCAAGUAAAACAGCAAAACGCACCAGGAAAACCAAAUCAAAGAAGGAAAGGCAGAUUAGCAGGAGCAGCAGGAAAUCUCACAUACAGAAACUAACAUCCCAAAAUAUGAAACUGGAAGAAAGCUUUUCACUGCCCAUCAAAAACCAAGAGCCACCUGAUGUAGCCGUGGAAUCCCACAUGAUAUACAAGAAGCAGAUUAAGAAUCCUUUUCAGGGUCUGCCAUGGAGACCUCGCAGCUUUCAUGCAAGAGGACACCAAGGUGGUGUUAACGGUCAGCUGAAGUGCCAGACUCAAAAGGGAGGAAGGGCUUUCCAAAGGCCACAGUCCUCAGGCUCCUCAGGACCCUUUGGCUGUGAAACUGAAAGGCUGGAUGCAGAAAGAGAGGCUGACAAAGCUAAGCAAAAGAACCUACUCCAUGCUAACAGGUCUGACCUUCAGUUAAAGAAAGACAGUUUCAGUGAAAAUGGUAGUUAUCCACAAGGCAGUAAUCUGCAAAUAGAUAACAGAAGCAGAUACUUCCUGGAGAGUAAUAUUUCUGAAGAAAAUGUCUAUAAAAGAACAGUAAAAGAAACAUCCCCUUGCUCCUACAUUAAAGAUAAUGGUGUGUGUGAAGAAGAUGCAAAAUUUCCAUUCUACCAGAAAGAUGAACAUUGCAGAUGCAAAGCAGACUCUGUAUGCGAGCUGUUAGGUCGAACAGGCAGUGAAUUUCAAAAUGUCCAUCUUUCAAAUUACAUGGCCAGUGUUAAUCUGGCCCCAAAAAAUGGUGUGCAAUACAGACCAAAGACUGAUAAAAAGAGUGAACUUAUACUUAACUAUGGCUGUGCCAGCCAUCCUGGAUCAAUAGAGCUGCAAAGGGAAGGGUUCACUGGUAACUCCCAUCUUCUGCACCGAAAGGGACGUGACGGUGACACCUGUAACUCGUCACAUCUGGAUGAGAUUUCUGAGAUUUUCCUGCCCCCUGGCCAUGCCUUUUCAGACACACGAGACUGGAGUACAGCUGUGUCCCUAAAAGCCUCUAAGGUUAGUACCUGCCCUGCCCAGCACGACACAACCGUAAAUAAAUGCGAUCUAAGAUGUAAGGGAAGUGCCAGCCUUGCAGAACCAACAGAUGGCUCAAAGGAGCAUCCAAAACCACACAGCACAGAGGAAAGUUGGCUGUGCAGUCAGGUUCUUCUGAAAGGCCACAGAAAGGAUGAAGGAACUGGCCCCACUGAAUGUGGGAAGGGCUCAGCUGUGACGGAUUUCUGCCACGCUGACUCCGAUGCUGGCACUUUGCAGAACCUCACCCAUGAGGUGGGCGAAGGAGCAACAUGCCGUGCUUUGGGCUCACAGAUCAAAGAAGUGAGAAACCCUCCAGGAAAAAAAGAGCAGUUUGUAAAGAAUACAUGUCCUGUGAUCCCACAACAGCAACACUCAGAAGGGACAGAAAACCACAGCAUUACAGGAGACAGUGGAAUUGACUCCCCAAGGUGGACUGAAAAGAAGAUGAAGCUUCCUGCCAAAUUCUAAAAGUAUAAAUAACAAUGCAAAAAGGAGGAUAAGUGAAAGAACAAUUGCAACAAAAUUCCUUCAUCUAACUCUGGUUGUGAAUAUUUGAUUAUAUUUUAAUGAGAUUGGUAAACUUUCCCCUUGUAACUGUAAAUGCAGCCGGUCACAUCAGUGAGGCAGUCUCUAAAUCAAAGCAGUUAGUUAAAACUUUUGAUGGUAGUGUUUGGAGAGGGCACGUGUAUUUUGUUUGCCCUCAUCUUUAAUUAUUUUUUGUGUGUCCCUGUGAAAAUAAAAGUGAGAACUGGCAUUCUUCAUUCAGACCACACCACUGACCUGGAGG